AUGGCAUCCUCGGACCUGGAAGAUUUAUGCUUUCACAUCAAUAAGAAGAUUUCAACUAUUAAAAGGACUCUUCAAUUAAGAAGCAUAGGUCAAGAACUAUCCUACAACUCUAUGCUGUGUAAGAUAAGAUAUGAGAUUGUUCUCGUGCAUGACCUCCUCAAUAAAAUGGAAGCGGAAAUUGAACAGCAAGAAAAACUGAAGAAUUUGCUAAAAGAGCUCCAAAAGUCUGCUGAGAGAGAUCAAAAUGAAGCACAAGACCUCCGUGAAAACAUUCCUCCGCAUCUGCCUAAACCAACUCAGAGCUGUGUCACCAAGCAAACUGUGAAAUGUGAAGAGCAAACAGAAGUUGUAGAACCCAAACAUGCAAAGAAACCUACAAAAGAGCUGAGACCUAUUAAGGAAGCACCCUUAAUAACUGCAGAAGAAUUUGAAAGUGUUCCUAGGUAUAUGAGAGGCCGUUUAACAUGUGAUCAGGUUAAUGCAGUUGUUCAACAAAUGAACAAGGCUGUGGUGAGCAAGUACAAGAUCUUGCAUCAGCCUUUGAAGUCUAUGAAUGUAGCAGUCAGAAAUCUCUACUACCAGUUCCUGGAACAAGAAACUAAGGAUACAAAAGGUGAAUUUUUUAUUGUGGAGGCUGACAUCAAAGAGUUCACCCAACUGAAAAUGGAUAAGCGCUUCCAUAGCAUCCUCAAUAUCCUGCGCCACUGCCAGAGAGUGAGAGAAGUUCGUGCCUCAAAACUUGUCCGAUACAUCAUCUGCUAA